AUGAAGUCGGCACUUUUUCUGUGUACAGCAGUUGCUGUUGCAACGCUUUCCGCCAUCGGCGCGAAUAGCAUUCCUAACGUCCCUAAAUGGGUUGAUGAAGCCAAGGUGGCGUACGCUGCCGAAGUCAAAUCCUCGUUGGCUCCUUUGGCCGUUAAGAAGGAUUCCACUGCAUCAUUUGCUGAUGUUCCCGCACCAGUUGAUAUUGCAGCUCUGACUGCCGAGCUUGCACGGUUGGAGGAGUCCGAAGAACAGUUCCGUGGCGAUCGUCGCGCAAUUGCCUUUUUCGCUGCACUCAUCAUGGUCGGAGUUUUCCUCAUGUUCUACUUCACCACAACUAGACUUGAACAGUCCAUAAAGGAAGCAAGCAAACUUUUGGGACCCACACCUCGCCCAGAAGCUGUGGACCUUCGCCUUUAG